AUCAAGGUUAGAGGAUUAUUGGUGGACGACUUUCUUGACAAGAUGGGAAAGCCCUUUCAAUUUACAUAGGGCCAUCAAGAACUGGAGCUAUUGUGUUUCACAAAUAUCAUCAGCCGCAGAUAAUGUGAAACACAACAGGUCCAGUUUGAUUUUUAUCCACCAAGUGUAAACAGAGCAAGUGGGGCCUGAAGACAGCAUUGGUUACUGAUCACUCCAUUCACACGGCUCAUCCAGACGCUGCCUCCUUGGAUUCAUCCAGUGAUGAGAGGCUUGGCCAACCACUGUUUCAGUCAAGACUUCAACUAAGAGAAGAUUAUGGCUCCUCUCCCUCUGCAAUUGCUCAUCAAGAAGACGGGACUUCCACAGGACAGUCAGCCUUCACUGCCACUCUAUGGUUCUCUGGUGGCUGGAGGAACCUUCCUGUUCCUGGUACUGCUCACAUCCCUCUGUAAUUACUGCCAAAGAAACAGUAAGGAAAAGAAAAUCAAGACUGAAGGUGUGAAGCUGGUUGGUUUGUCUGCAGGCUGCACACCACAACUUCGACCUGUUAGCACACCUGAAACAGGAGUACGUGAUCCUAACAGAAUGCACUGCAAUGAUGACAAUGGUUUGAGAAGCUGGCCGGUGGAUUAUCUCCGACUAUCAGGAACAGAACUCUCAGAGGUGGGAGAGGAAGAUGACUCAGGAAACUCAUGGGUUCGACAGAACAGAGAAUUGCCUCAAGUUCCUGGAACUAAUUAUGGUGGAGGAAAGUUGGUUAAUUCGAGAAAACCGCAUGAUAUGGACCACGUUUAUUCCCAGGUUAAAAACUACCCUUGUCAGCAGAACGCUAUUGAAGAUUCACUGUAUGAGAGUGUUGGAACAAAUUAUGAACACAAUCCCGGUGACAGGCAGUCUGAACCUAGAUGUGGGGCUAAUGGGAUGGAAGUGUCUAUCUCAACUCAAAGCCAACAAGGUUUAAAGGAAUCAGCUGUUUACAUGGACACACCAGAGUAUGCCUCAAUUCGGAAGACAAAGAAGAAAGAAAAUAAUCCAAAUCUGAUAGAAAAACAAUCAAGGAGAAAUGUAAAGAACGGUUGUGUGUUAUUACCUGGAACCAGAAACCAUGGAGAAGAAUUUAGAAUUAAUGAAAAUUAUGCAGCUUUUUCACAGACGGAGAAUUUCAGCUCUAGGAUACAAGGCAGACUGAAGCCUGUCACAGAUCCUGAUGCAGAAGAAUCACUGGAAGAAUUUGGAGAGGAGAGAACUGCACGUGGUAGCCUAAUCGAGGAACAGCUAUAUACCAAUAGUGCCUAUAUCCAGAGGCAAAGCUGCUACUUCAGUAAAUCCCAUGAAAAGCUCCAUUCAAUGACUGAUGAAGAGAUUGCUGGAAUGUACUCUAAGGUGGCAAAAAAAGCUCUCAGAAAGGAAAUGCCAUUACCAGUAAACAUUGGACUUCAAAGAGAAGACAAUCCAAAAUUCUACUCCUGGUCAACAGGAAAUAUAAAUGAAGAAGAAUCUGAUUAUGAAUCAAUCAAGAGUCCACGGUGGCACACAGGCAGUCAAAUCCUGGGGGAGAAACCUGGUUAUGCUCCAGUUAAUGAAAGGACCUGGCAAAUGAGAUUCCAGGAUGAUGAUGAAGAUGAAGAAGAAGCAGAACCAGCUUACGAAGCAAUUAAUAUAAAAUGGAAGAGAAUUGAUUUUUCUGUUAGGAGAAAUAAAGCACAAAAGGUUGCUCAUGAGAGGCAGACAGAAAAUUACUAUGAAAGUAUCAAUGAACUGCAACAGAGUCGUAUUUGUACUCGAGUGCUGACAUCUGAUGAUGGCAAAGAGGUCUUUAUAACAGGACUCUAGGGUUUUUGCAAGGAUUGUGAAGUCAUUAUAUCUAAACCAAAUAUCUUAUUGAUCAAAUUGAGAUCUUUUUCGAAAGAAGUAUCAUUAUACAGCAUGCUACAUUUUGAUAAUUUUAGAGAAGUUGAGACUUUCACCUUAUGAGAUGACCUUUAAAAUUUAAAUUCAAUUGCUGGAAUACACAAAAGACCUUCAGAUUACUGCUGUCAUUCUAAUGGAUGAACACUUAAAAUAAUAAACAGUGGAAAGUCAAAUAAAACUUUAACCCACUCACUUUAAAGUAGUGGUGAGAACAAAAAAUCAGGUUGUGCAUUAAGCAUCCCCUACAAGUAUCAGCA